AUGUGCAGUUCUUAUGUCAAAUUCUACAUCGAAUCAUUUUUUGAUUCCGGUCGGUUCGGCUUAAUUGAAGACGUUUGUAUGGUUGAUGUUUCGUCGAAUGAUGAUGAAAGUAUUAGUAACAUUGAAUCAAAUAGUCAUGAUGAAGUUCCAAUGGAAAUUGAACAACAUUUAAACGAGUUGUUUACAGAUCUCGCUCCUGAUGAUAACGGUGAAGUUUUGUUCGAUGUGACCACCAGUCCGAUUAUAGAUAUGAAGCUGUAUGGUGUUGACAACAAAAUGUGCAAAUCUAGAUUAAAGACUGGUAUGUUUGAGCUUAUUGCAAUUCCGUAUGUCUCUAGAAAAAGAGACAAAGAAAAACUUUUUGUAGCUGAGAUUCUUGAUGUUAAAGAAGAGAAUCUUUGGCUAAGAUAUAUGGUCGAACAGGAUUAA